AUGGCUAAGCAAUCUCUAGAUGUCUCCUCCGACAGAAACAAGUCCAGAAAGGCUUACUUUACUGCCCCAUCUUCUGAGAGAAGAGUCCUAAUGUCUGCUCCUCUAUCCAAGGAUUUGAGAGCUCAAUACGGCAUCAAGGCUUUGCCAAUCAGAAGAGAAGACGAAGUCCUAGUCGUCAGAGGUGCCAAGAAGGGCCAAGAAGGUAAGGUCUCCUCCGUUUACAGAUUGAAGUUCGGUAUUCAAGUCGACAAGAUCUCCAAGGAGAAGUCUAACGGUGCCUCCGUUCCUAUCAACUUGCACCCAUCCAAGGUUGUCAUCACCAAGUUGCAUUUGGACAAGGACAGAAAGGCCUUGAUCGAAAGAAAGGGUGGUAAGUUGGAGUAA